AUUCCAGUGUUUCCCACAUAGGACCCUAAGUCACAAAGGGAACACAGACGGCAGAGCAGACGGGUCCAGCUUUGGGCAUAGCAUGUUCUCAUUCGUUAGCUCUGUUACAUGUUUGUCAAAAGAUCUGGGAAUGUUGUUUGGAACCACCGAGGGGCAUCCUAAGGUACUUUCUUGAAACUGCUAAGGAUGCUUCUUUGGUGAGAAGAAAGCGACAGCAUGAUGGCAGUUUUCGAUACGCCCAAAGAGGCCUUUGGCGCCUUACGUCCAGUCUGUGUUCAGCUCACAAAGACCCAGACAGUGGAGAACGUGGAGCACCUGCAGACCCAGUUGCACAGUGUGAGCGACGCCGCCCUUCAGGAACUUCAGCAGUAUGUGCUUUUCCCUUUGAGGUUUGCUCUCAAGACCCCUGGUCCCAAGAGAGAGCGCCUGAUCCAGAGUGUGGUGGAAUGCCUCACGUUUGUCCUCUCAUCCACAUGUGUGAAAGAACAAGAGCUUCUGCAGGAACUUUUUUCAGAGCUCUCCGCUUGUCUGUAUUCGCCCAGCUCCCAGAAACCCGCAGCUGUGUCAGAAGAGCUGAAAUUGGCUGUGAUCCAGGGACUCAGCACGUUAAUGCACUCGGCUUACAGGGACAUCCUUCUGACUUUUUAUGAGCCCUCCAUUCUGCCUCGAUUAGGAUUUGCUGUAUCUUUGCUGUUAGGCCUAGCAGAACAGGAGAAAUCCAAGCAAAUUAAAAUUGCUGCCUUAAACUGUUUGCAAGUUCUGCUCUUUCAGUGCGAAUGUGAAGACCAUCCAAGGUCCUUGGAUGAACUUGAGCAAAAGCAGCUGGGGGAUUUGUUUGCUUCUUUUUUACCUGGAAUCUCAACUGCCCUGACAAGGGUUAUCACAGGAGACUUUAAACAAGGUCACAGCAUUGUUGUAUUGUCCCUGAAGGUCUUUUCUGAGACGGUGAGUUUUGUUAUGGCCGAUGAGCAGCUCCGAGCUGUCCCCAAGGCCCAAGCCAAUCCCGCCGUUGAGGGCAGAGUAGCAGAGUUGAUGGUUCACCGGGAAGCAGAUUGGGUAAAAAGUACAGGUGACAAACUGACCAUCCUUAUCAAAAAAAUAAUCGAGUGUGUGUCAGCUCACCCACACUGGAAGGUGAGGCUGCGCCUGGUAGACUUGGUGGAGGCCCUGCUUUCCAGGUGCGGUCAGUCCCUGGUGGAGUCCGCUGGCCCCCUUCUGAAGGCAUUAGUGAGCCUCCUAGGCGAUGAGAGUCCUGAGGUCCAAGCCAAGUGCGAUGAAGUUUUGAGACAUUUUGCAGAUCAGAAGGUGAUAAUGGGCAACAGGGCCUUUGCUGACAUCCUGUCAGAAAGCCUGCACUCCCUGGCCACAUCUCUUCCCCGCCUCAUGAACUCCCAGGAUGACCAGGGCAAAUUCUCCACUCUGUCCUUGUUGAUCGGUUACUUGAAACUCUUGGGCCCCAAAAUAAACUUUGUCCUCACCUCUGGGUCCCAUCUGCAGCGCCUUUCCAAAGCACUCAUCCAAGUGCUAGAACUGGAUGUGGCUGAUAUCAAAAUCGUUGAGGAGCGGUGCUGGCCUGCCAGUGACAAUCUGAGUGCCUCCCCAAAGACCCCAGGUAUGGGGCUGUGGACGCAAAUCCAGAGGAGGUAUUUCCGCUUCUUCACCGACGAGAGGAUUUUCUUGCUCUUGCGGCAGGUUUGUCAGCUCCUCGGUUAUUAUGGGAAUCUUUAUUUGCUUGUGGAUCACUUUCUGGAACUGUACCAUGAAUCUGUGAUUUACCGCAAGCAAGCUGCCAUGAUCCUGAAUGAACUGGUGGCAGGAGCUGCCAGCCUGGAGCUGGGGGACCUGCAUGAGAAGCGUGGUGAAAUGAGGCCAGAGGAACUGAGAGAGAUUGUGGCAUCUAUCCUGGAAGAGUACACGAGCCAAGGAAACUGGCAUUUAGUUACCUGUAUUGAAGCAGAGGAGGCGGAAGAGGAGAUCACAACAGAACAGUCAGGCCCCCAGGCCAUCACCUCGGGUUCACACACAUGCCAGGUCACACCUUCUCCAGCCCUUUCAAAGCCGAGUCCCACUAUUUGCGCCAUGAACAGCAACAUCUGGCAAAUCUGCAUCCAGUUGGAAGGGAUCGGUCAGUUUGCACACGCACUAGGUAAAGACUUCCGUUUGCUCUUGAUGUCAGUCCUCUAUCCAGUCCUGGAGAAGGCUGGAGACCAAACCCUGCUCAUCAGUCAAGCGGCCACCAGCACCAUGGUGGAUAUCUGCCAUGCUUGUGGCUACGAAUCCCUGCAGCACCUGAUCAACCACAAUUCAGACUAUUUAGUGAAUGGGAUCUCUUUAAAUCUGCGUCAUCUGACCCUGCACCCUCACACCCCAAAGGUCCUGGAAGUGAUGCUGCGGAACUCGGAUGCCAGUCUGCUUCCUUUGGUGGCAGAUGUGGUUCAAGACAUUUUGACCACCCUGGACCAGUUCUAUGAUAAGAGAGCUGCUACCUUUGUCAGCGUUCUGCAUGCCCUGCUAGCAGCAUUAGCCCAGUGGUUCCCAGACACAAGUGAUCUUGAGCAAUUCCAAAAGCAAAGUUUAGAGGAGGAGGAAAGAAGUCAUUUGCACAAAACACCAUCUAUUCUUGAGACUAGCACAACAGCCGAAGACAUCGAGCAGUUUUUGCUGGAUUAUCUCAGAGAGAAGGAUGUGGCCGAGGGAAAUGUCUCUGAUCUCGAAACUGACGAAGAGGAGCCAUCGGUCCCUCCCAAAGUCGAUGAGAAUGACACCCGUCCAGAUGUGGAGCCACCCCUGCCAGUGCAGAUCCAGAUAGCCACGGAUGUGAUGGAGCGCUGCAUACACUUGUUGUCAGAUAAAAGCCUGAAAAUCCGCUUGAAGGUCUUGGAUGUUCUGGACUUGUGUGUACUUGUUCUGCAGUCCCACAGGAAUCAGCUCCUUCCCUUGGCUCAUCGAAGCUGGCCCUCACUCGUGCAGCGGCUCACGAACGACGACCCCCUGGCCGUGCUCAGAGCCUUCAAGGUGUUACGUACAUUGGGAGGCAAAUGUGGUGAUUUUCUGCGGAGUCGGUUCUGCAAAGAUGUCCUGCCAAAAUUGACUGCUUCCUUAGUGAGCCAGGCUCCCAUCAGUGCCAGAGCUGGACCAGUUUACUCAUACACACUGGCCUUCAAGUUGCAGCUGGCCGUCUUGGAGGGCUUAGGUCCCCUCUGUGAAAGACUGGACUUAGGUGAGGGUGACCUGAAUAAAGUGGCUGAUGCCUGCUUGAUUUACCUCAGUGCCAAACAGCCCAUGAAAUUACAAGAGGCUGCCAGGAGUGUCUUCCUCCACUUGAUGAAAGUGGACCCAGACUCCACCUGGUUCCUCCUGAAUGAACUCUACUGUCCCGUGCAGUUCACGCCUCCCCACCCAAGCCUCAACCCUGUGCAGCUGCGAGGGGCCACCGGGCAACUGAACCAUUACACUGCCAAUGUUCUCUGCCUGCUGCAGGAGCUGCCCAGCCCCACCUCGCCCUCCCCCGCAAUGGCAGCCAGGCCAGGCCCCACCCUGGCUGAAGGCAUUGGCAGCAGAAAGGCAGGCCACAAAGGUGCAGUAGACAGCCGAUCAAUUUCUAAAUUGAUCGAUCACACAACUGCUUAGAAAUUGGAUUGAAGGAAAGUAGCUGACUGUUAUUUAUAUUUCAUACCUAGUGUUUUCAAUUGACAUUGUCUGGUGGCUCUAAGGGUUUAACUCCUUCGCCUGCCAUCUGCACAGUCUCCCACCCCACCCACCUCCUCCUAGCCCACCCACACACACCAGCACUCAGCCACAAGCCACGCCCCCAAGCGCCGGCAACUCUGGCGACAGAGUUCUGGUUGGUACCCCAGCAGUGUUGUCCUCCAAGGCCUUGAGGUGGGUCAGACAUGCAAGGAGCCCAAGAAGCCUGCUCCCCCCGCCCGCCCCUCUGUUCCCACUCAAGCCACUCCUCAAAUAAUGAGCUGGAACAAAUCUGUCGUACCUAACCUGUUCUUGGGGAGAAAUGAAAUAAAGGCACUUCUUGGAUGAGAAGUAUGAUUAAGA